AUGGCUUACCCCGAUGUGGUGUCGGCAAGCGACGCGUAUCGAUCUCCAUAUAGUAAACUGAUUCUGGGUAUUAUUUGGGGGUUCCAGUUGGCGUUUUUGCCGGUCAAUGUUAUUAUUCUUGGGUUGCUGGUUUCUAUUGCGAGGAGCGGAGGUUACAGAUUUCAGCCUCUUAACGUCUUGAACCUUGUGAUAAGCUUGAUCUCACUCAUUUUGAUCUGUCUCGAGAUCAAUAUGUUUCAACACCGAGAUCUACGACCAAACCUCUACCUGAUCUCUGGCAUUGUGAAGUUGGUUCUCGAAUUAGGCUCGGUUGGGCUCACCGCAUUCAAGCUUUCUGUUGAGUGGAAGUUCAUGGACUGGUUGAAUCUCAUUCAGUUGUUUUUCUGUCUGGGACUGGCGGUCUUCACCCUUCUCACAUUCAUUCUUGGUCUGCUUUACGGAAUCUACGUCGUGUAUACAUCUACGAGGAGGAUGAAAGGGUUGUCACAGAAGUUUCUAAAUAAAUAG